AAAUUCAAACAGCUGUUUCCAGAGGCUGAAACGGUGGGUGGACCCAGAGCCACAAGGGCUGGGGUAGGCUUUCUUCAGGCGGCGGCCACUGGAGAGCCAUGGUGGACCGGGGCCCUCUGCUCACCUCGGCCAUCAUCUUCUACCUGUCCAUUGGGGCGGCGAUCUUCGAAGUGCUUGAGGAGCCGCACUGGAAAGAGGCUAAGAAAGAGUACUACACGAAUAAGUUGCAGCUGCUCAAGGAGUUUCCGUGCCUGGGUCAGGAGGGCCUGGACAAGAUCCUGCAGGUAGUAUCUGAUGCUGCAGGAAAGGGUGUGGCCAUCACAGGGAACCAGACCUUCAACAACUGGAACUGGCCCAAUGCAGUCAUAUUUGCAGCCACGGUCAUCACCACCAUCGGCUAUGGCAACGUGGCCCCUAAGACCCCUGCAGGGCGCCUCUUCUGCAUCUUCUAUGGUCUCUUUGGGGUGCCGCUCUGUCUGACAUGGAUCAGUGCCCUGGGCAAGUUCUUCGGGGGACGUGCCAAGAGACUGGGCCAGUUCCUCACCAAGAGAGGCGUGAGCCUGCGGAAGGCGCAGAUCACAUGCACGGCCAUCUUCAUCGUGUGGGGUGUCCUGGUCCACCUGGUGAUUCCGCCCUUUGUGUUCAUGGUGACAGAGAAGUGGUGCUACAUCGAUGGUCUCUACUACUCCUUCAUCACCAUCUCCACUAUUGGCUUCGGUGACUUCGUGGCUGGUGUGAACCCUGAGGCCAACUACCAUGCCCUCUACCGCUAUUUUGUGGAGCUCUGGAUCUAUCUGGGGCUGGCCUGGCUAUCCCUCUUUGUCAACUGGAAGGUCAGCAUGUUUGUGGAAGUCCACAAAGCCAUUAAGAAACGGCGGCGACGGCGGAAGGAGUCCUUCGAGAGUUCCCCACACUCCAAAAAGGCCCUGCAGUUGGCAGGAAACGCAACCUCCAAGGACGUCAACAUCUUCAGCUUUCUCUCCAAAAAGGAGGAGACCUACAAUGACCUCAUCAAACAGAUUGGGAAGAAGGCCAUGAAGACUAGUGGGGGUGGGGAGAGGGUCCCGGGACCUGGGCUGGGGCCUCCAGGGGGUGGGCUGCCAGCCCUCCCUACCUCCUUGGCCCCCCUGGUGGUCUACUCUAAGAGCCGGGUACCCAGCUUAGAAGAGGUAUCACAGACACUAAGAAGCAAAGGCCAUGUGUCGAGGCCCCCCAAUGAGGAGACUGGGGAGGGACCCCCUGAGGAUGGUGCCCCCACCCCUGAGGUGUUCAUUAACCAGCUGGACCGCAUCAGCGAAGAGGGUGAGCCAUGGGAUGCCCAGGACUACCACCCUCUCAUCUUCCAGAACGCCAACAUCACCUUUGUGAGCCAGGAGACUGGCCUCUCAGACGAGGAGACCUCGAAGUCUUCUCUGGAAGACAACCUGGCCGAGGAGGAGCGGCCCCAGAAGGGGGGCGCCGAGGCUGAGGCACCCCUGAACCUGAGCGAGUUCCCCUCUUCAGAUGAGUCUACCUUCACCAGCACUGAGUCUGAGCUCUCUGUGCCUUACGAACAGCUUAUGAACGAGUACAAUAAGGCAAACUGCCCCAAAGGCACAUGAGGCAGGCCUGGCUCCCCACCCCACAGUUGACAGCUUUCUUUCCCCCUCACCUUGGGGUAUCCUAUGAUGGUUGGGAUCCCUGGCCCAUGGUGAGGGGAUAUCCUGAAACUGGGAGUGGGGGGCCAGGGGCCUUCCUUACCUUCCAUC